AUGGAUGGGGGCGAGAUGCACCUGAAAGUGCGGGAGAACGAGACGUGUCCUGCGCCCCAGGAGGAAGCGUUUCGCUGCGCUGCAAGAAAGCUGCCAUCGUGUUGGAUUAAACCGGCACCAGGGUCCGUGGAUGCAUCGCCGAAACCUCCACGCAUGGCUACUGAAACAGUAGAUGCUGAGAAACUAAUUGCAGCUCUCCUUCAUCUUGUUAAAGGUGUGAGAGUCCUCGUGGAUGCCAGAGAGAAACUUCAUAUCCCCUGGGGAGAUCCUGCGAACCAGAGUAACGGAGAUACGAUGAUGGCGUUUGACACCCGCUCCGUGACAGUGGUGCAGGGCAUGGUGGAGACAGCAGUGUUCCUGCAGUACCUGCCAGCCAUCCGAGCCCUGUGGGCUGACAGUGGCAUCCAGCACGCAUACGACCGGCGCAGGGAGUUCCAGCUGGGGGAAUCCGUCAAGUAUUUCUUGGACAACUUGGAUAAACUUGGAGAACAAGAUUACCUUCCCUCACAGCAAGACAUCCUCCUGGCCCGGAAACCUACAAAAGGGAUUCACGAGUACGACUUUGAAAUCAAAAACGUCCCUUUCAAAAUGGUUGAUGUAGGUGGCCAAAGGUCCGAGCGGAAGCGGUGGUUCGAGUGCUUCGACAGCGUCACGUCCAUCCUCUUCCUUGUCUCCUCGAGUGAGUUUGACCAAGUGCUGAUGGAGGAUCGGCAAACGAAUCGCCUGACCGAGUCCCUGAACAUUUUUGAGACAAUAGUCAAUAACCGGGUGUUCAGCAACGUCUCCAUCAUCCUCUUCUUAAACAAGACGGACUUGCUUGAGGAAAAAGUAAAAAAAGUGAGCAUCAAAGACUAUUUCCCCGAGUUUGAAGGGGAUCCCCACUGCUUAACAGAUGUCCAGAAAUUCCUGGUGGAUUGUUUUCGUACGAAACGCCGGGACCAGCAGCAGAAGCCCCUCUACCACCACUUCACCACUGCUAUUAACACAGAAAACAUCCGGCUAGUUUUCCGUGACGUUAAGGAUACCAUCCUUCACGACAACCUCAAGCAGCUUAUGUUACAGUGAUGUGCAAAAAGACGUUUUUCUUUGAGUAACUUUCGUGUGUUGGUUUUGUUUGUUUUUUUAACUAGAAGUUUACAGCAGGAGUAGAGAAAUCCAGAUCCUGUCAGACUUCUUGAUGUGUGGCUAAAAGCUGCUGCUGAACACAUUAUUGCCAAUUUCUGCAGAAAUUCAGGCUUAAUCUCUUCCAGUGUAGCUUCAAGUUGACUCCAGUUGUAAUUUUAUAGC